AUGUCGACUGCUUCCCCAUCCGACGCCCUGCGCUUCCACCUGGCAUAUAAACCGCAGCCCCUCAAAUUCGGCACUAGUGGUCGGAGGGGCAAAGUGGUUGACUUGACGCAGCUGGAGAUCUACACAAAUGUCCUGGCAGAGAUUCGCUAUUUGCAGUCAUUGCAGCUCUCAGAAGGAGGCAUCCGCAAAGGCGAUGACUUCUAUUUCGCACACGACCUCCGACCCAGCUCCACUGGCUAUGUAGAGAACAACCGCGGUGGUCUUUGUCAAGCGGUCGUGCAAGCCUUGAAAGACGGAGGCAUGCAUCCUAUCAAUCUUGGGGCUAUUCCUACGCCUGCGCUCACCUAUUUUGCCCUUCAAAAGGCCAAGGGAAGCAUCAUGGUAACGGGGAGCCACAUCCCGUUUGAUCGUAACGGCUACAAGCUCAAUACCUCCAAAGGAGAACUCCUCAAAAAGGACGAACAGCCAAUCAACAAUGUGGUUGAUGUUGUGCGCGAAGAGCUUCUCUCUCAGCCCUUUGCCGAUUCUCUGUUCAAUGACCAAGGCAUGCUUCGCGAUUCCCCAUCAGACCUUCCUCCUGUUGCGCCCGAGGGUAGAGCUGCCUAUAUCCAGCGCUACCUGGAUUUCUUUCGAGGUGAAUCGCUCAAGGGCAUGAAGAUUCUCGUGUAUCAGCAUUCUGCCGUCGGUCGCGACGUUCUGGUUGAGAUUCUGGAGAAGCUUGGUGCCGAGGCCACUCCAGCCGGCCGCAGCGAGACCUUUGUCCCCAUAGACACCGAAGCCAUCGACGAGGCGCAACUCAACACCGUCCAGAGUCUGUACGAUAGCACGGGACAGACAUUCAACGCGGUCGUCUCGACAGAUGGAGACAGCGAUCGCCCGCUCCUCCUCGCCCCGGAGAGCGCUAGACUCCGCUUCUUCGGCGGCGACCUGCUAGGCAUGAUCGUCGCGGACUUCCUGCAAGCUGACUCCGUCGUGGUCCCAAUCAGCACCAACGACGCCAUCGACCGCGGCCCGCUGGCCGGCGUUCUCGAACCGAAAACAAAGAUCGGCAGUCCGUACGUGAUCGCCGGGAUGCAGAGUGCCGUGGCAAAAGGCCGCCAUCGCGUCUGCGGAUGGGAAGCCAACGGCGGCUUUCUGACGGGCUCUGACAUCGAACGCGACAGCAAGGUGCUUACUGCGCUCCCGACGCGCGAUGCGGUGCUCCCUCUCCUCUGUGCCCUGUUUGCAGCGCAAAGCCGGCACAUGGCCCUGCCUGCGCUCUUCACAACCCUGCCCAAACGGUUCAGCCGUGCUGCGUUGAUCCGGAACUUCCCUCGUGCCACGAGCAUGAAGAUCAUCGACCGCUUCUCACUGCGUGAGGGUGAAGCGCAGAAUGCGGAAGAGCAAUCCCGUCGGAUUCGUCAAGAGCUCGAAGGGAUUUUCUCUGUUCGACAUGGGUUUUCUUCGAUCUCCCGUAUAGAUUAUACGGAUGGGGUUCGGGUCAUUUUCCAGAACGGAGAUGUCGCUCAUUUCCGUCCUUCGGGGAAUGCGGAUGAACUUCGAAUCUAUGCCGUGGCGGACACGCAGGAGCGUGCGGACCAGAUCGCGGCGGAGGGGGUGGCUGAACCGGAGGGUCUGCUACGGAAGCUGGAGCAUUUGAUUCAGGGAUCGUAG